GGGGUUCAAGCAAUGUCUAAUUUGGGAUUCACCGACAGUUGACAAAUAGGUUGUAGAGACAACAGUUAGCGAACGCACACAGCAGUUUUCAAAUAAAAUAUUUGUUUGCAUUUAAUUAAAAUAAUAAUUUUAAUUUCUGAAAAUGGAGCUGAAAGGUAAAAAUGUGAUAUAUUCAGGAGGUUUUGGAGGCAUCGGCCAAGCUGGAGUCAAAGAGUUGCUAAAAAGUGGUGCUAAGUAUCUGACAAUAUUUGAUGUCGAUGAGAAUAAAGAAGCAAUGACUGAGUUUAAGAAAUCUUAUCCUGGUGCCACAAUUGAUUUUAUACCAGUGGAUAUGAGGAAGAAGGAGAGUAUCACAGCGGCCUUUAAAUCAGCUGUAAAGAAAAUGGGACACUUUGACGUCCUGGUCAAUGGUUGCGGUAUAAUGAGGGAUAGCGAAGUUGACCCAACAAUCGAAAUUAAUUUGUUGGGCCUAAUGCAUAGCACUUUAAUUGCGCUACCUUAUAUGGAUAAAUCAAGUGGAGGGCGUGGGGGUACUAUUGUAAAUAUUUCAUCCGUUGUUGGCCUCGAGCCGUUCUCUUUAUGUCCUGUUUAUGUGGCGUCUAAACAUGGUGUCACCACUUUCACCCGUUGCUUAGGGGAUAAGAUAUAUUACGACCGUUUCGGCGUCAACAUGAUAACGAUAUGCCCUGGACUGACAGACACAAAUCUUAUAAAUAACUUUCCUUCAAGAUGUAUCUUUAAGUUUACCGAGCAACAAGCUAUUGCUUUGGCCAAUGCCAAACAUCAGUCUGCAGAAGUGUGUGCAAAGAAUAUGAUAAAGGUAAUUGAAACUGGCAAGAACGGUGCUGUCUACAUGCUGGAUUUAGGCAAUAUUAAGGAGAUUACAAUACCCAAGUGGCACCAACCUACUUUUUUGGAAAACUAAGAUAUUAUGAAAAAUAUUAAAGAUGAUUCAAUUCCAAUCGUA